AUACAGUCAACAGCACACAGAGUGGCGGCAAGCAAGAGCAACCUGUGCAAGUACCCAGAGUCAACAACAUCACCAUAGCAACCAUCACAGGUCUGACGAAGGGGACGGAAUAUGAAUUCCGAGUGAAAGGAUCCAACGGCCCUUACCAGACACCUCUGUCAAGUCCACUUCGGGUGAUGACUAAUAGCUCAGUCCCAGGUAACUACAGCUCGCUGAGCAUUGCUGCCAUCGGACAUAACUUUCUUCUUCUGGAGCUAGGUAGCAUUGAUGAUGGCGGCUCACCACUAACAAAGCUCAUUCUGCACCGCCGAACAUCUAGAUUUGGUGUUGAGAGUGGUGAAUGGUUAUUGCACUCCACCAUCCUAUCUCCUGGUGAAGCCAGCCACGUCAUGGUUAGUGACCUGAGGGAGAACGCAACGUACCGCUUCCGUCUUAAUGUGCACAACCAGAACGGUAAAGGCAGACCGGCAAGCUUCACUGACCUCAUCACAACACUGGUACAGGAAGAUGUCAGUGACGUUGCCAAUGUCUCCUUUACCAAAGUCAGCCCGUUCUCGUUUCACGUGCACUGGCCGUCAGCCGAGUGCCCCACUAGACGCUCGCCAGUGGACGAGCGUUUCCGCACGAUGCGGAGCGAGUAUGGCGUGUGUACCCAUGACGAUGUGCUGAAUGCGGUCCGGCCGGUGCUGGGCUACGCUGUACAGUACAGACUCAAAGGUUCGUCAAAGUGGCUAGUGUCAGCCGCAGACCCCGCCGUUCUAACGAGUGCUGGCAGCAGUCUUGAUCACAUGAUCGGUCAGCUGCUAGAGGACACAGAGUAUGAAGUGAGAGUGCUGGCACGGGAUAUCUAUGGACCCAGUCCAGGCAUGGAGGUAUUCACUGUCAGGACACACAAGG